AUAAGAGAUGGCUUCCGUCAAUAAGUGAUAACGUGUUGCAAAACAUGAAUGCGAUUAUCUUUUUGUAAUGUUUUCUCUUAAGUGUCUCUGAAAUGUCAACCGUUGUAUACGGGCCAGAAUACUGGCUGGUUACUCUGGUGUACUGGAUGCUAGCGGCUUGUUUUGUUGCGCCACCAUCAGAAUUUGUUCAUGGGGGACUUACUGUGCAAAAUCUGUUGUCCAGUUAUCUUGGCAGUGAAGAAAUGAAUUUUAUCUAUUACCACAUCAGAAGAACUACUGCCACUGCUAUCAUUCAUUCCUUUAUUCCUCUUGGAUACUACUUCAUUAUAGGAUUUGCCAUACAAGACUUGCACUUAUAUCAUCUCCACAGAGCAAGUUUCUACUGGAAGAUAUACCUUGCUGCCUCCCUUAUCAUUCCUUUUUGUGUAUGUCUGCUGGCAUAUUUCUGGUCCCUGAAAAAGUGGAACAACCAUCCAAUAGCCAAAAAUUUAGGUUAUCUAGGAAACGGGGAUUCAUGGAGAGCAGUUGCAUCCUCUAUUGAUGUUGAGUUCCGCCGAAUCAACAAGUUUACAUCUGGAGUACCAGGUAGAAGAUUGUAUGUGACAGACUCAUGGAUUAUACAGACAGCAGCAUACCAUCUUAAUGUUGCACAUCAAAGAGACAUGCAUUUAACACUGAGCGGUGCUGAGGAACAUGAGAUUUCGCCAGAAAGUUUCCAGGGAGUCCAGUUUCUAAAUAUCACUGUUGAUUCUAUCAAUGAACAUGUUCAGUCUUUUGUGAUCAGGUUAAAUUCCCUAGAGUAUGGAGAUCUGAAGGAGAAGCUUCAAGCUCCAGUGCGCAAUGCCCGUGAGAUAGUAAUCCAUCAGUCCCUAGGAGACAGAUUUCUUCUUGCUUUUAAAGAACAGAUAGACAAGAAUGCAAGGUUUAAUGUGGCACAGGAUGUGGAACUUGAUUCCUGUAUUGGCUGCAUGCUGGUUCCAGCCAAUACAAAGCUACAGAAGCUAUGUGAUCAGCCAGAAGAAGGAGAGUGCAAGCAGUGUUACUGCAGGCCACUGUGGUGUAUAGACUGUAUGGGCAAAUGGUUUGCCAGCAGGCAGGAUCAACAGAAACCAGAGCUGUGGCUAAGUGGAAAAGCACCUUGCCCCAUGUGCAGAGCAACAUUCUGUGUGCUGGAUGUCAGUAGAAUUGGCUGAUAAUAACCAAGACAUAGAGACUUAUUUGAAUUCAGUCCAUCAUUGCUGCAGAAGUUACAUAAGCACUAGUUUGUUUUUGCAAGAAUUCCAAGGCAGCAGUUAUUAUUUUUAAAGAAUUUUUUACUCUAUGCAAAUUAUUCAUCCAACUUCUCAAUUGCCUUUUGAAUUGAAAACUGGGAGGUUUGCAAAAAUACUUGCAAACUUAUUGGUUUAUGAUGCUGGAUUUGAAUGGCCACUACCAAAAUUUAAGGAAAAUUGAGUACUUGUGUGAUUUUUCAGUCGUUUAUUACAGCAGCUCCACAAAAUAGAACACACUGUACAGACAUUUGCAGUAAAUUGAGAAAAUAAAUUUAAAACAAAAUAUAAAAGAAAGGUAGCCCUGGGCAUUUAAUUUUCUUCAGUCAAUAAAUAAAUAUUGAGUUAACAUUC